AUGGAUUCUGAUGUCCUCACAGAGCCUGUUGACCGACACCCGCUGGUGUCGUUGGUUUCUGCGUCUUUUUGGGUCAUUCUGUGGCUACUCUCAUGGACGAAGAGCUUGGUUGCAUUCGCGACUAUUACAGUCCCUCGACUCAUAUACGCUAUAUUAUCCUAUUCUAUGACGCUUACGCUUGGAUUCUGGAAUUUUGCCAUCUUAUUUGCUUGCUCGGCAGUCGCAUUGAACUACUGGAUUCGCUUCAAAUACCUCAAUGAUUACAUGCAACUCAAGGAACCUCCUCUCGUCAAGCCCGAUGCCAACGAACUACACCCUGAUGUCAAUACAGAUCCUCCUCCAACAUUCCACAACUACCUUGAUGAUUUCCUUCAGGCUGUCAGAGUAUUUGGUUUCUUAGAAAAACCUGUGUUUCAUGAGCUUGCUCGUCAUUUACAGACGCGAAGAUUGAUCGCAGGUGACAGCUUAUCCUUGGACCAAGACAAAAGUUUCUAUUGCGUAGUUGAAGGGACUGUACAAGUAUUUGCGCAGACAGGCCGUCCUCCUGAAGUGCAACAGAGCUUCUGGGACGAUGAAGACAUGAAUGGGUAUCAGCUCCUCAACGAGGUCGGAAGUGGCGGAACUUUGUCGAGUCUCUUUACCAUCUUGAGUCUCUUCACAGAAGACGUACAAAUGAGUUGGCAAGAUGAACACCCUGACGUAUCUUCUGACGAUAUGUCGAGCUUUGACGACCCGCUCUCAGUGCCUCGAAACCGUAUGCGCCGGGCAAACUCUGACGUCUCGCAUUUGGAUCUUGAAUCCUCAACCAGGUCUGCGAGAUCGACACCACGACGAUCUUCAGUCUCGUCAACUGCUUCCACUGUUCAUGGACCGGAAUACAGGCUGUCUACUGACUCGCCUUCUGUUGAUAAUGAAGAUCCUACUCCUAUCGGAACCAUACCUCGGUGGACGCAUCGACCGAAACCCCCUCGGAAACCAACGCAGGUACAUAGAGGUGUUGUUGCGCGAGCAACAGUCGACACCACUCUCGCGGUCAUUCCUGCAGAAGCGUUCCGUCGUCUGACGAAGAAGUUCCCGAAGGCCACUGGUCAUAUUGUACAAGUUAUUCUCGCGAGGUUUUCGCGUGUUACAUUCUACGCAGCCCACAAGUAUCUCGGUUUAACAAGUGAAGUCCUGCGAACGGAGAAAGCUAUCAAUGAUAUUGCUUGCCACCCUCUCCCAGCGUCCUUCUACGAAGGAGGUGGUCUGCAAUACCUACGACACAGAUUCGACGGGGCAACUUCUACCGGAUCAGGCGCUGAGAGCGAUUACUUCAGCAUCUCAGAAGCAUCUUCUCGCAGUGCGACGUCGCAUGGCUCUCGAGAGGCCUCAACAACUUCCUUGGGGAAAAUUGAUGAAAAUCCGAUACCCGUUCGACCCUCUGUCUAUAGCAGCAGAAGUAUUCCAGUGCCCACGAAACCCAUCAAGUCUUCGCGACAUAUGGUUCAGGCUGGAGAUUUACUUGUUCCCAAGGGCAGCGCUAAUGAUGUUUUCCGCCCUCUUAGUCGGACAUUUAGCGUUUUAAACACGCCGAGGUUGGCGCCCCCCUCUUUCGAUGAUGCGUUUGAAGGGAAGAAGACAAACCAACCCCAACGACCUCGCUGGUCAGCUGACGAAUUCGAUCUUCGUGAAGAAGUUAUGUCGUGUAUCGCCAAAUCUAUCGGUCUCCUACAGCCACCAAUGAGCGGGAGUGAAUCUGUAGAAGAUCGCUCACCUGCUUCGCCUCCCACCGACUAUCGUAGAUCAUCUACGAGUGCCUUUGCUUCGCCGUUUGGAUCGCUAUCGCUUCUUGAUCUCGGUGAUGAUGUUUCUAGUAUCACAAGCUCUUCUGCGGCAUCAUCGAGCAAUUACCUCAGCGGCCUAGACAACGAGGUCGAAAUUCUGUUCUACGCCGCUGGAACAACACUGGCGAAAGCAGGCGAAGUAAACACAGGCCUGUUCUAUGUCAUCGAGGGUUUUCUGGAUAUUCUACUCCCGAUCAAGGACUCCAAUCCAAGUGAUCUUUCAACAUCGAGGUCUUCAGGACACGUCGAUGACCCUCUGGACCCAGAAAAUCGACGCACACCUCCUUCUAACGAGGGAAGUCCACCUGAGCAAAAGCUCCUUUUCACAGUGAAGCCAGGUGGUAUCGCCGGAUACCUCGCCUCUCUAUGCAACACUGCUUCAUAUGUCGAUAUCAAGGCCAAGACAGACACUUACGUCGGAUUCCUGCCCCUUCAUGCUCUGGAACGUAUCUUAGAAAAGCGUCCUAUUGUUCUGCUCACUUUGGCCAAACGUCUAAUUUCACUACUUUCUCCUCUUAUUUUGCACAUUGAUGCCUCUCUUGAUUGGAUGCAAGUGAACGCUGGUCAAGUCUUGUGGCGACCGCAGGACGUCAGCGACAGUUGUUAUAUUGUGAUCAACGGCCGAUUGCGGGCAAUUACGGAGUCAGAGAGUGGCGCGGUCACUAUCGUGGGCGAGUACGGUCAAGGCGAUUCCGUCGGAGAGCUAGACGUCAUCACAAGCUCUGCUCGAAGAAAUACCGUACAUGCUAUACGAGACACCGAGCUUAUUCGGGUGCCACGGACGUUGUUUAACGCAGUCUCCGCAAGGAAUUCUCGCACCACUGCUCAACUGCUGCGAAUGAUUGCUUCUAGAGUUAGGGAUGAGGUCGACAACAAGUCGAAGGGUGAAACUCGCAAUUCUGGUCCAGAACUUGGGUAUAACAACACGAACUUGAAGACCGUGGCUAUUCUGCCUGUUUCUCGCAAUAUUCCUGUCGAAGCUUUUGCUAAAAGGUUGCAAGCCGCUUUGGAGGGUAUUGGUGCCUCGACAUCAUAUCUUAAUCAAGCUGUCAUUUCGAACCAGCUGGGGAAGCAUGCUUUCACUCGAAUGGGAAAGCUUAAGUCAGCGGGGUGGCUGGCAGACCAGGAGCAGCGGUUCCAUACUGUGCUCUACGUGGCCGAUUCUCCGGUAAAUAGUUCUUGGACUCAAACAUGCAUUCGGCAGGCAGACUGCGUUAUGGUCGUUGGUAUGGGCGAUGAUCCCUCCAUCGGAGAGUACGAACGUCUUUUACUGUCGAUGAAGACAACGGCCCGGAAAGAACUUGUGCUCCUACAUCCUGACCGCACCGUUACGCCUGGAACGACUCGCGAAUGGCUCAAGAAUCGACCGUGGGUUCAUCAGCAUAUGCACAUCGAACUCCCAGGUCUUGUCGUGCCAGUGCCUAAGUCUGCUCUUCCCAAAGACCCAGACGCGGUAAUUGCACUCAAGAACUUGAAGGACAAAUUCCAAAGCGAGUUCCAAAAGUAUCGCAGAGGUCCUGCCGAUGUUCGCCCACAACGCCUCCCACACACGAACGAUUUUUCCCGUUUGGCGAGAAAGAUAUGUGGAAGAUCAAUAGGCCUUGUUCUCGGCGGAGGUGGAGCUCGUGGACUUGCGCAUCUCGGCCUCAUUCGUGCCUUGGAAGAAUACGGUAUUCCCAUUGAUCACAUCGCUGGCACGAGCAUUGGGGCCUUCAUUGGCGGCUUGUAUGCCCGCGAAGGUGACUUAAUAUCGAGCACGGGCCGAGCGAAGCAGUUCAGUGGAAGGAUGGGCAAUUUUUGGAGGAUCCUUUCGGACGUCACUUAUCCUAUUGUGGCAUAUACGACAGGCCAUGAAUUCAAUCGCUCUCUGUACAAGGCAUUCUAUGAUCUUCAUAUCGAAGAUAUGUGGCUGCCAUACUUUUGUAACACGACCAACAUCAUCACCUCUCGUAUGGAAAUACACGAAACUGGUUACGCAUGGCGCUUCAUCCGUGCCUCGAUGACGCUUGUUGGUCUUCUUCCCCCUCUAUGCGACAAUGGGAACCUUUUGGUGGACGGAGGAUACAUUGAUAACUUACCAGUGGCAGCCAUGACCUCCAUGGGCGCGAAUAUUAUUUUCGCCUGUGACGUUGGUUCUAUCGAUGACAAUUCUCCCAGGAACUUUGGCGACACCGUGUCUGGCUGGUGGCUGCUGAUCAACAGGUGGAAUCCAUUCUCGAAUGCACGACACGUUCCUCCUAUUACGGAGAUACAGAGUCGCCUUGCCUACGUGUCGAGUGUCAACACCUUGGAGCAGGCCAAAGUGGCCAAAAACUGUCUCUACAUACAGAUGCCGGUCCAGGAGUACGGCACCCUCCAAUUCGGCAAAUUCGAAGAUCUGGUGAAGAAAGGUUACCACGCCUCGAUGGAUGUUUUGGAGAAGUUUGAGGAGGAAGGUCGCCUCCCUUUAGCUGCUAUCAACGCCAAAGAUGGCCAGAGCACGAGGAAGAAAGGCAGAAGUGCUCGCCGAAACUCUAUCUAA